CACUAUUAAAUCCAACAAACUAAAAAGCGCGAAUUUUCUACUGUUUUAUGCAUUUAUUAAAAGUAAGAAGCCGAAUUAUGCCAAAGAUCAAGAAGCAAAAGUCCUCCUCUUCGGAGAGCGACAGCGGCCCCGAAGACCGCAAUCAGCCGGCAAGUAAGAAAGCCAAGGAGACACCGGCUGCGGAGGGUGGCAAGAAGGCUGCUGCCGGCGGUUCUGGCGGAGAUGGGCCCUGGGUCCUGGAGAAGCUGCGUCAAGUGCGCAUCAACGAGUUCCGCGGACGCAAGAUGGUGGACAUUCGCGAGCACUAUGAGAAGAACGGCGAAGUUCUACCCGGCAAGAAGGGCAUCUCGUUGUCGGUACAGCAGUGGAAGAAGCUGCUUGAAAUGGCCGAUGAAAUAACGCGAGCAGUAGAGAACUAGAGUUUUAAGGCCAUAGAGUUAAGACCUACACUAUGUUAACAAGCAUUUAAGUGGGCUAGCACCACCCAGUGAAUAAAUGUUACU